GAUUCUGUGGAUUAUAUGUGUAAUACACUCAAAUGUAGCAUCAACCAAAUCUGCCCACUUUCUUCCGCCAUUUUCUUCAACCAGCAAAUCACGGCGCUCUAAAAGCCUGUCAAGGAAUCUCAGUGACUGAGCGAUUAAUCGAUAGGUGUAAAAGUCCACACCAAUCGGCCAGAGCCUCAAGCAUUCGCAUUUACUUACAUUAAUCACCAACUCAUCAACAUAACACUACCUCCACCGCGCCCCAAUCGGCAACCGCCGCAACCAGCGGCUGUACAAUGAACUCAAGCUCAUCUCCACCUCCGCCGCCAACAGACGGCUCUGGUAAGAAGGUCCGAAAACCCUAUACCAUUACCAAGUCGAGAGAAAGCUGGACCGAUGAAGAACACGACAAAUUUCUCGAAGCUCUCCAACUGUUUGAUCGCGAUUGGAAGAAGAUUGAAGAUUUUGUAGGUUCGAAAACUGUAAUUCAGAUUCGCAGUCAUGCACAAAAAUACUUUCUAAAGGUUCAAAAGAAUGGAGCAGUAGCACAUGUACCUCCUCCCCGCCCUAAGCGUAAAGCUUCUCAUCCAUACCCACAGAAGGCACCUAGAAAUGUUUUAGUGCCGCUACAAGCAUCCAUGGCAUAUCCUUCUUCAGCGAAUUCUCUUGCGCCUGGAUAUCCUACAUGGGACGAUGCUUCCAUGCUUGGAAACAAUCCAUCAAGUGGAGCCAUGCAUUCCCUUAAUGAAUACAAUCUUCACGGAUUUGAAGCUGAUAUUGGAUCCAAGGAGGUUGCAAAUAUAAGUGAUGGCAGUAUGAAUGGCAUGGGAGAUUCAACUAGAACACCUGCAGGUUCUAGAUUAACAAACCAUGGCAAGCAAGAAUCUUUGCUUCAUGGCAUUCCGGAUUUUGCUGAAGUGUAUAGCUUCAUUGGGAGUGUCUUUGAUCCGGACAGUAAUGGUCAUGUGCAGAAGCUCAAGGAGAUGGAUCCCAUUAAUUUCGAAACUGUCUCACUGUUGAUAAAAAAUCUUAGCAUCAACUUGUCCAGCCCAGACUUUGAGCCAAUUAGAAAGGUUCUAUCAUCAUACGAUGUCAACACCAAAACAGUAGGGAUAUGUGCACCAGCUGUCAUUAAAGCAGAAUAGUGAUCUCAUGAUCACAAUAGGCAUGUAAUUGUAUUUUAUUUCUACACUUGGAUGAGAAGUCUCCACAGUUACACUGCCAUGAGACUCUCUCUAAUCUUCAUAGACAUGAGGUGACUGCCAGGUCUGUGUUUGAUGGUCCCUGAAAGAACAUGACCCGAGCAUUGUAAGCUCCUGAUUCGAAGCCCUCAAGUAUUCGAUGACUGGAUGCGUUGUUUCCCUUUAGAUUUUACUGGUCUUCUAACUAAUGAGAAUGCAGUAUGUAUAUUCAGGUUAUGUUUCUUUAGUCGAUCACAUCUUUCUUGCCAAGCCACUGCCUUAUAUUUUACUUUGGCAUAAUAGUUAGUGUGCUAGCUGGUAGAAACCAUAAAAGCAAUGUGUCAGUCUAUAUAUAAUUUGAAGUAGAAGAAAUGUGGGUUCUGUAUUUACUUGUUCCCAAGAAUUAUUGAAUUAUAAAAUCUUUGGGGUAUGUUUGCCUUUCUUGCAUUGCUGAA